AUGUCCGUUGAUGAAGCUACUCUGAAUGCUUUGAAAAGGGCAGUCGAAAGCAUCAAGGAUAAUCAGGCGGCUGGUACCGAGGAUGCAGCCAAUUUUGCAGCUGCAUUGAGUGCUGUGGCGGCUGGCCAGACCGCUCCCCCAGCGGCUAGCCAGGAAACCGGUGAAAUAGACUCGGCCGUUUUCAACCAAUUGGCAGCCGCAAUUGGCAAACAGAAUGGGCAAGCAAAUGCAAACGCGAAUCCAAACUACCCGCAGCAAGAGGCGUUGGGAUUAGAGGUCGACCGACAACUGCUGCUGGAUAGCAUCAAGUCGAUUGUUUCCGGUGAUGGCGACUCGAACGAGCAGCACGCUCAAACAACUACACUUACCCAGGAUGAACAGGCUAUGCAGGAGGCACUGCUCAUGGCCACGCGACAAUUGGAAGGCACGGGACAGCCCGCGGCAUACCAGUACAGCGCGUAUCAACAGGGCUCUUUCCCCCUGGAGGGUGAAGCUGAUGCGGCUACUUUACAGGUUGUCCAGUCUGUUUUGCAAGAUUUAGGUGGUGCCUGGGGAGAUAUGGAUGGCGGACGGGCCAAAAGACGGGCCAGGCACGCGAGCCCAAUGACUGAGGAAGAUCGCUUGCGCAUACGGGAAGACAAUCGCAAUCGUAAGAAGCGUUGGCGCGACUCGAAUGCUGAUCGAAACCGCGAUAACGACCUUCGUGGACGCAUCACUCGCCGUGCGCAUGUGAUCUUUGGUCCAGUUGACUCGAAACAGAAACUCGACUGGAUUGAGGAGGAGUACCUCAAACGUCGAGAACGCAGAAUGCUCCGCGAGGGUACAGGUAAAUUCAGAGAACAUGCCAUCAGUAGUCUCGGAGGUCAACACCGAUCUCAUGCCAGCAACCAGCUGAGUGCAUUGUUCAGAGAAUCAAAUGCUAUUUUGACCGCAAACCGUCCUGUCACCGCCGGAUACGUGCCUCCUCAUUUGAUUGCCGGGCCUAUGGUGCCUUGUCCGUCUCGGCCUUCCUACCAACACCGGUAUGAACGCAAAACGAGACGCAGCCGGGGUGAGUCGCGAGACACUAUGGGGGCUCCUCCUGUUUUGGAAGACCUUCUUAUUAAAUUAGAGUGA